AUGAGCGUCGCAUGCCUUUCGUCUAGCGGUUUGCGCAGCUACAGCCACACCAACCUCUAUACGAUCCACAGUCGACUCCAAAAGACGAUUGCCUGUUGA